GAACUUACUGAAGAACACUAGAGAACAUAACUUACUGAAGAACACUAGAGAACAGAACUUACUAAAGAACACUAGAGAACAGAACUUACUGAAGAACACUGGAAACUAGAACUUACUAAAGAACUCUGGUGACCAGAACUUACUAAAGAACACUACAGAACACAACUUACUGAGGAACUCUAGACAACAGAACUUACUGAGGAACACUAGACAACAGAACUCUCUGAAGAACACUAGACAACAGAACUUCUGAAGAACAAUAGAGAACAGAAUUUUCUGAAGAACACUACUUGGAAGAAGAAAAGUAUUACUCAAUUUUUCUGAGCAGUAAGUGGAAAGUGUACCGUAACAUGGAACGUCGGAAGACACUGAUAAAAGUGUCUUUCACUUUAAGUGUAUGAGGAUAAAAGUUCCUCUGGAACACUGACACAAAUUAAAGUGACUUAGAAAGUACCGCAUAUCAACGGUAAAGUGGACAGUAAAGUGGCGUCACUAGCAAGGUGACAUCAUCUAACAAAAGUGACAUCAUCUAACAAAAGUGACAUCAUCUAACAAAAGUAACAUCAUCUAACAAAAGUGACAUCAUCUAGCAAAAGUGACAUUAACAAAAGUGACAUCAUCUAACAAAAUUUAUACCUAAUGUAAGUGACAUAAUCUAACAAGUGACAUCUAACAAAAACUGACAUAUCUAACAAAAAGUGACAUAUAACAAAAGUAACAUCAUCUAACCAUAGUGACAUCAUCUGACAAAAGUGACCUUUAACAAAAGUGGCGUUGAGCAAGUGACAUCUAAAAAAGGUGACAUUUAACAAACGUAACAUCUAACAAGUACAUUAUCUAACAAAACUGACAUCAUCUAACAAAAAGUGACAUUUAACAAAAGUGACAUCAUCCAACAAUAGUGACAUCAUCUAACAAAAUUGACAUCCAGUACAAGUGACAUAAUCUAACAAGUGACAUCAUUUAGCAAAAGUGGCAUCAUCUAACAAAGUGACCUUUAACAAAAGUGACUCAUCUAACAAAAAGUGACAUUUAACGAAAGUAACAUCAUCUAACAAUAGUUACAUCAUCUGACAAAAAGUGAAAUAAUUUAACAAGUGACAUCAUCUAACUAAACUGACAUCAUCUAACAAAAGUAGCAUAAUUGAUGAAAAGCGACAUCUUACAAAAGUGGUGUCAUCUAAUAUAAGUGGCAUCAUUUAACAAAAGUGACAUCUUACAAAAGUGACAUCAUCUAACAGUGACAUUUAACAAAACUGACAUCUAACAAAACUGACAUCAUCUAACAAAUGUGACAUCAUUUAACAAACGUGGCAUUUAACAAAGGUGACAUCAUUCAACAAAACCUGCGGAUCUAUUGCUAAGUAACAACAGAAGAGUUCGACCUUAGUAACAAGAGAGAAAAAUAAUAACAAGGACAGUACAAAGACGGUUAAAACAGCAGCCGAGAUGAAUAUUUUCUUCAGGAAGCGGGUGUGCGAGAUGGACCUGACCACAGCCAUGGAGGAGGCGAAGCUCGCCUGUAGUUACUUCUUCAACAACCGCUUCGAGGAGGCCAGGGCUCUCAUGAGGCCAUGGGCGCACAAGAGUAUGUACCAUGGGCUAGGCUACGGCACCUUCAUGUACCUGCAGGCAAUCAUGACCUUCGACCCGAAAGACAUCGAGAUAGCAAUAGAAGCCUUGAAGAAGAGCGUUGAGGUGUGUAACAGAUAUAGACGUAAGAACACUCUGGGAGAGUCACUAGGCAAGAUGGUCAAGAAAGUCGAUUAUAAUUCAUUCACUAAAGAGGAGAUCCACGCUGAGCUGUGCUACGCUGAAUGUCUCUUGUUAAGAGCUGUGUUGACCUUCAUGGAGGAUGAAACUCUUAUUAGCUUUCUUAAAGGCGGAAUGAAGAUAAGAGCCUGCUACCAGUCGUACAAGGAGUGUUGGUACAUCCUGGAAGGGCGAGACUGGAGCAACGACACUGACAAGAUGCACUUUGAGUCCGGUGUCAGAAUGGGUGUGGGAGCCUUUAAUCUCGUAAAUGACUACAUUUCCCAGAAAAUUCUUAAGCUGCUAUUUGUGGGCUUCCAAACGGGCUUUUGGGCCCCUGCCCUAAAGUUAGAGCGCGGCUUCAAACCGGGGGAGGGCUCACUACGGAGGGUGCUGUGCGCUCUCACCUGCUUGGGAAAACAUCCCAUAGCCUACGUCCUGGCACAGGGGGAAGGCGCCCUUGAAAUGGCUCAAGUUAUCCUUGAUGACCAUGGAAAAGCCAAGUACAAAUUCUCAUUGCACAGCCAAGACGAAAUGAGCAAAUUCCACCCCCCGUGUUUCUGGGAGCUUAUGGGUGCGCAAACAUGA